GCCGGGAUGGGCGGGCGGCCGAACAGGGGGCGCUGGAGGCGCGCGACGUGACCCUCCUGCACACGGAGCCCGCCCCGCCGGCCGCGCCCAGUCGAGGGUCUGCUGGGUGGGCGCGGACACGAAAUCAGCGCCCACCCCGCCGGAGCAUGCGGGGCGCGGCGCGGGUAACCGGGGGGCGCGCGGGGCAGCUGUGGCCGCGGCCCCCCGUCCCGGGCGCGGGCCCGCCCCCUCCGCUUCUGCUGCUUCUGGCGGUGCUGCUGGGCGGCGCGGGCGCGCAGUAUUCCAGCGACCUGUGCAGCUGGAAGGGGAGCGGGCUGACCCAUGAGGCUCACAGGAAGGAAGUGGAGCAGGUGUAUCUGCGCUGCGCAGCCGGCUCCGUGGAGUGGAUGUACCCAACUGGGGCACUGAUUGUCAACUUGCGGCCCAACACCUUUUCGCCCUCCCGAGGGCUGACUGUGUGCAUCAAGCCCUUCAGUGGCUCCUCUGGGGCCAACAUCUAUUUGGAGAGAACUGGAGAACUGAGGCUGCUGGUGCAGGAUGGGAGCAGCCAUGCUGGACAGGUGCAAUGCUUCAGCCUGGAGCAGGGUGGCCUGUUUGUGGAGGCCACACCCCAGCAGGACAUCAGCAGGAGGACCACGGGUUUCCAGUAUGAGCUGACCAGCGGGCGCAGGGGGCUGGGCCACACACUCUCUGCCCCGUGCCGCCCAUGCAGUGACACCGAAGUGCUCCUGGCCGUCUGCACUAGUGACUUUGUCGUCCGAGGCUCCAUCCAGGACGUCACCCACGUGCCAGAGCGGCAGGAGUCAGUCAUCCAUCUGCGGGUGAGCAGGCUCUAUCGGCAGAAGAGCAGGGUCUUUCAGCCAGCGCCUGAGGGCCAUGGCCACUGGCAGGGCCGCAUCCUGACGCUGCUGGAGUGUGGUGUGCGGCCAGGGCAUGGGGACUUCCUCUUUACUGGCCACAUGCACUUCGGGGAGGCCCAGCUGGGCUGUGCCCCACGCUUCAGUGACUUCCGAAGGACGUAUAGGGAUGCAGAAGAGAGGGGGCUGAACCCCUGUGAAAUUGGCAUGGAGUGACUGUGGGUGCUGCUACCUGUCCUGUGUCCUGCUACUGGGGCUGUGUAUGCUCCAGCCUGGGGGUCGGCCAUGCUGUGGAGUGCAGGCCGGGGGCACAGGUCCCAGCCAAGGACACCCUGACCUGGAAAUGCUGUAAAAUGCAA